AUGCUCCAGUUUGGGUCGUUUGACGGCAUUUGCGAGUCGGCCGCGCUCGUCGUAUGCCCGCUGCUCGGUGCGGCCAACGGAAUCGAACCUACAUGCUAUAGCAGAAAUGUAGACAUUGGGAGGACGCUCAUUUUCCAGCCUGCAACGAGUUUUGUGCACAUUGUCGCUAUUAUUAUGACUGGAAUCAUGAUCUUUCACAUCCGCAGCAAGUAUACUGCAGUCGGCCGAAAGGAAAUCGUCCUCUUCUUCUACCUGUACGCAAUAAUUGAGGCGCUUGCCAUCUUCUUGGACUCUGGGAUCAUCCCCACCGCCAAUAACGUCUAUCCGUGGUUCGCUGCGGUUUACACGGGGCUUGUCGCGGCUGAAUAUACCUGUCUGCUCAUCAACGGCUUUGUCGGUUUCCAAUUCGCCGAGGAUGGCACUCCAUUAUCGCUUUGGUUCCUCCGACUGUCGUGUCUGCUCCUGUUCGGAAUAGGCUUCUUCUUUGCGAUUGCGACAUUCAAGGGCAUUGCCGGCUUUUCAAAGACACAAGCGAUCCCGCUCUGGAUCAUUUACUUUUUGUGGCCGGCCGUGUGUGCGGUCGUGUACACGAUUUCGCAACUCAUCCUCGUCAUCCGCACGCUCGACGACCGGUGGCCGCUGGGUGACGUGAUCAUUGGUGCGACCUUUUUUGCGGUUGCCCAGUUGGUGCUGUUCGCGUUUAGUGUGCAGAUCUGCGAUGCGGUCAAGCACUAUAUUGACGGGCUGUUCUUCUUUACGGUGUGUAUCCUGCUGAGCGUGAUGAUGGUCUACAAGUACUGGGACUCGAUCACAAAAGAGGACCUCGAGUUUAGUGUGGGCAGCAAACAGGCGGUGUGGGAGGUCAAGGAGCCGUUCAUGGGCGGUGGAAACGGAGGGGGGGAGCAGUGGGAAGAAGACGCUGUGAGCCACUAUGGGGGAGCCGCGCCGAGCCUGGUCGGGGGUGUGAGCGGGGGACAGUACUAUCACCAUCAGCAACAGCAGCAGCAGCAGCAGCAGGGAGGGUAUGGCUACCCACCGCCGCACGGAUUCGGCAACGAGCGGUUCUAA